CAUUGAGGUCUGACCCAGAUUUGUUAUCUACCCAGGACCCUUCGUUCUGCAAGAUGAAGCCAUCCAAACCCACAUCAUCUACCAGGAGGUCCUCAGCAUUCUGGACGACAAUAUCCCCACUGGUCCUGCUCUCAAACGCAAUAAUCCAACCCGCCAAAGCCAUCUCCUACCCCACAACCAUCGAAAUCGAUCUCCUCUUCCCCCUCCCCAACAAAACCUACCCCAACAUCACCUCCUUUCCCGUCAUCUUCGCCCUGCAGAAUGUCCCCGCCGCCAACGAAUUCGGCUACACGAUCUCCUGGAACCUGCGAUCCGAAGAGAACUCAACCGUCGCGCUAGGCUCGAUAUACAAAAUGACCUACCGAAAUAACACCGACUUGCCAUUCCUCCUCGACGACGGAAACAUCGCUAUUCUCCCAGACACAGCUUAUAACGGGACCCGGCUCGAAAGCGGCAGAUACUCACUCGCGUGGAAGUAUAGCAUGGUGACAUGUACACAGAUCGGCGAUCGCACGCAGUAUAAUAUCGGCAAGACCCAGGCGGGAAAUACCCAUUUUUUCGACGUCGAGGAGAAAGGCCGAGCUGAGACGAGUGGAUUCAAGUUGGGGCUCGAUGCGGAGUGUCCUGUCUUUGCCGAUUCGAUUGUUGUCAGAGAUGCUACGAAAGGUGGAUGUCCGUUCAUGAAAGGCUCGAGUGAUGCGGAUGAGAAGGAUCGGGAUCCGUGUCGAGCAAAGUUGAAUGCUAAGCAGGCGAAUUGUGUUCAGGGGAAUGUGACGGGCAACUAUAAUGCGAGUUUGUGUAGAGAGGCGUUUGGGGACGGGGAUGCGAGUGAGAGUGGUGCAGGCAGGAUGGUCGCGAAUGGACUGGGGAUGUUUGGGAUUGGCGUCGUGGGCUUUAUCGGUGUUUUAGGGCUUUUGUAAGAUAUUUCAAGCGGUAGCAUGGCUAUAUGAAAAAAGUGAUAUCUGAAUAUAAG